GAACUGGAACUAGAACUAAACUAGAACUGAACGAGAACAGAACUAGAAUUGAACUAGAACUGAACUAGAAAUGAACUAGGAGUGAAUUAGAACUGUUGUAAAAGCAGUACAACCCUUCUUAUCAUCCUGGCCAAAUCGCGUGCAAACUGCCUUCAGACACUUGUUAUGUGACAUAACAAAUGCAUUUCAAGUGUACAAAUCAUGUAGCAAUUAAAAAAAAAUAAUUAACUAACUCUUUAGGCUCUAAAUACUAAUAAAAAAUAGUCGUCAACAAACCAGCGAACAUUUCGGACUUAAAAAAUAAACAGAAAAUAAUGUACAUAAAAGUUCAACCGAUCCAGCCAACACCACCACCUUCAUAUCAUCUGGCUAACACCGUGCAACCUUCAAAGCAAAAGAAAAUCAUAAAAAAGUCAAACCCCGGUUGGCAUAGAGUUAAAAAGAUUCUCUUGAGUAUUUGGUAUUACUUCAAGUUAUAUUUGGAGACAUGUGUGGCCCAUUGUUAUGUCUAUCUUGUUAGGAAUGGUUUAACUAUGUUGGAGAGGAUUUUCUGGUUUAUUCUAAUGGCAAUUUGUCACUACUUUUGUUUUUUCAUUGCCUUGCAAUCUGUAACGCGAUUCAUGAGUAAAAACAGUUAUGUGGGUAUAGAACGUAACUAUUUCGAUUGGAAUACCACUUUACCGAGUGUCACCAUAUGUCCAAUGGAGAGACUUAAUAAGGAAAAGUUUGAUCACUUUUGCGAAAUGUACGAUAUUACCGAUGAACACAAGCAAGAAUUCUUCGAUUUUCUCGAACAUUUAGCCAAUUCUACAUAUAUUAAUUUUAACGAUAUACCUAUACACAAAACUGUGCAGGGAACAUUGGAUAAAAUUCGAUUGACACCAAAUCGUUAUAUGGAACUUAUAUACAAUUUAACGGCUGACGAAACCAUGAAUCCGAAUGAAAAACAGCGUGUGCGCACUGUGGACAAUGGCGCUAAUAUACACACUCGGCAAAUUCUAACUGAAUAUGGUCUGUGCUAUUUGACCAAUAGUUUUUUGCCUGAGGAAUAUUCCUCACGUUAUUUAAUAUUAGGUGAAUAUCCCGAGAAAAACAUCUACGAAGAGGAGGCUCAGGUGAGACCAGUUCAACAGGGUUCGUUUCCCGAUAGAUAUAUAGAUUACAAUUUCAUAGGAUUUCAAUCGGCCAUGGAUCUCUAUGGUCACAGUGCUUUUGAUGUCAUGAAGGUGGAUAAUAAUGUUGGCUACUCCACAGAGAAUUUGUAUUUUGAACCGACUGUUACUGAAAUAACAACGACUAAGAAUUUUGAGACAGAAUCAAAUGUUCGCCAGAGAAAUUGCCGCUUUAAUCACGAGUCUAAUUUAACCCAUUUUCCGAUCUAUACUAAAAAUCUUUGUAUGCAAGAAUGCCGUCUCAAUUUGGUAUAUAAAAUUUGCAAGUGUAUACCACAUUUUUAUCCAAAUCGAUGUAAGAUGUAUUUGAAAACAGUGUCUUUAAUCAAAAUGAUUUGAAAGUGAACUAGAACAGAACUAGAAGAGAACUAGAAGAGAACUAGAAGAGAACUAGAACAGAACUAGAACAGAACUAGAACAGAACUAAAACAGAACUAGAACAGA